AUGUUCGACUCGACCAAAGGCGCACUGCUCAUAGCGCCGUCUCUUUCUAACAGUUCCUGCUGGAUCAACGGUAAAGGCUGGCCCUCCACCUUCCCUGCUCCAGUAGAUAUAUUGAAGGCAUUCUUCAUAUUUGCGCUGUCCAUGGCUAUCGUCUUUGGAAAUUUGGUGUUGAUCUGCGUACUGAAUAAUCGGAGAUACAUCAAAUACAUUGAUAAUCAGCCGCGGUAUCUUUUGACGUCAUUGGCCUUAAACGACCUGUUUACUGGCAUCUUGGUAGCGCCAGUGGCCCUUCUACCCGCCCUGUACAAGUGCUGGCCUUACGGAGAGAUAUUCUGCCAAAUACAGGCACUAUUACGAGGUGCAGUGAGUCAACAGAGCGCUGUGAUAUUAGUCUGCAUGGCUAUUGACAGAUAUAUGUAUUUACUACACCCCAACACGUAUCAUAAACAUUCUAGUAAAAAGGGGUGCGUGUUAGUGAUAAGUAUAACCUGGAUAUUAUCCGUAUCGUUGUUUGCAAUAAUGGUGCUUCCACGCUCUGGAUAUUACUUCAACUCCACGGGGUUGAUGGCCUGUGAUGUUUUUCAUAGCAGAGUGGCGUUCAGAAUUCUCUCAUGUUGUGCCUACUAUUUCCCUACAACUAUGGCUCUGAUGUACUGCUACGGGUCAGGGUUCCACGUGAGCAAAACAAGAAGUAAAUGUGACUCCGAACCCAUCAGACCAAACGGCGUUCCCGUGCCUUGUGCCAAGACUUCACGAAAUGAUCAUGAUAUUGUGCAAAUCCCAGUUCCUGUGAGGCCCCACAGCGUCAGUACAUCUCGCACAAUGGCCGCUAUGUCCUUAGGCUUUAUUGUCAUGGUCACUCCAGCUACUAUACAGGAAGUAGUAGCUGCCUGUACUGGAUGUAAGGUGCCUCCAUCAUUGGAUUUCAUAGUAACGUGGUUAGCGUUAAGCAAUAGUUUUUGGAACCCAUUUCUCUAUUGGUUGCUCAACAGUCACUUUAGAAGGAUCAGCAAUGAACUUCUCCAAUAUUAUGUUUGCUGUCGAAGAACGAAAUCCUUUCCAAGUUAUGAAAAACCAACAGGCUGCUGUGGUUCUCCUGUUACUUCUGAUGGAUUACAUUCCAAAGGAGAAUUUGAAGGUCUUGGAGAAAAAUACUGGGGAGAAAUAUUAGAACGUACUGUGUCUUCCACAUCUUUACACGCGAUUCAAAAGGCUUGCCAAAGAGAUCCUCUUCGAUGUUCAGGUUCUUUUAAAGGUUGUCCUACCGGGAAUUGUAAACAAGAUCCAAGACUAUUUGAUGGCUGGCCUACUGAUUACAGGCAUCUAGAUAGAUCGGCGUUUCAAAUAGAAUCGUGUUCACGGCAAUGCAGAAUGAAAAAUUCUGACUUUUGCCUAUUUAGGCCUAGUCCAAGUUUCGAAUGUGGACGAUCGAGAUCAAAUCUAAGCUUGGAUGAAGGAAACUUCACUAAGAGUUGUAAUGGAAGACACCCAGAGUUGUGA